GACAAAUCAAGUCAUUUUUUAAAAGAAAAUACAAACUUGAGUGUAAAGAAUAUUAAAUCUAGCCAAAAUUUUAAUAAAUAAGUAACAAUAAUGCCGAGCCAUGAAUUAAUUUCAAAGUUAGAGGACGUGGCUGAUCAGAUCCAAAGAAGAGGUAAAAGAAUUCUUCCAACAAUAGCACGUUUGUGCUUAAUUGCUACAUUUUUAGAAGAUGGCAUUAGAAUGUGGGUCCAAUGGUACGAGCAGAGGGACUACAUGAACAUGAGUUGGGGAUGUGGAACCUUUUUCGCAACAGUAUUUGUUUUUAUCAACUUAGUUGGGCAACUUGGUGGUGUUGUUAUGGUUAUUGGACGUUUACGUGUGCCAAUCGCUUGUGGAAUGUUAUUUUUCAUUGUAAUACUUCAGACCAUUGCCUACUCAAUUCUAUGGGAUCUACAAUUCUUGCUCAGAAACUUGGCUCUAAUUGGAGCUUUAUUGUUGGUUCUAGCGGAAUCGAGAAAUGAAGCUCGUUCAUUAUUUGCCGGCGUUCCAAGUCUCGGAGAUAAUAAGCCAAAGUCAUUUAUGCAACUUGCUGGACGAAUCUUACUUGCUUUCAUGUUCAUCACAUUAAUCAGGUUCGAACUUAGUUUCAUGCAAAUCGUUCAAGAUAUUGUUGGAUCUAUCUUGAUGGUUCUUGUUGUUGUUGGCUACAAGACAAAGUUAUCGGCAUUAAUCUUAGUCGCUCUCUUAACAGUUCUCAAUCUGUACCAUAACUGCUGGUGGACAAUUCCAUCAUACAAGCCAUUGAGAGACUUCCUCAAAUACGACUUCUUCCAAACACUCUCCGUCAUCGGUGGUCUUCUAAUGAUUGUCAAUUUGGGACCUGGUGGCGUGUCAAUGGAUGAACAUAAGAAGAAAUAAUUUAAUUGUGACGAAUAUCAACAGACAAAAUUCAAAAUGCUCCUUUAUCGAUUAUGUUAUGUUACUUCUUUGAUUUCUUUCAACCACCAUUAAUCUUCUCUUUUAAUUUAAGCACGAUGGUGCUACAUUUUAUAAUUUUUAUUUUGUUUGGGUUCUUGUAUUCUCAACUUAAGCUUCUAUUUUUAUUCGUUUUUAAGUUUUUAAAAAAUUUUCACAUGAUUCUUGACGGGAAUUUAAAAAAAAAAAUGAUCAGAUGUCAAGACAUUCAAAACUAAGGUAGCUUAAGAUUUCUUUUUGGUGUCAUUUUUUAUUGCUUUUUGUUGUGGAUAACAUUUGGUUGUUUGCAUGUGAUAUUCACUGAAUGUUAGAAAUUGCUCAAACUCUGUUCUGUCAGCAGUUAUCAAUCAAAUGAUCUGCAUUCUCAGGACUUAAAUCAUUAGAAACAUAUUGUGACUUGCUUAAAAGCUAAUUUGUUUAUUAAAAAUUAAGUCAACUUUUGCAAACAUAUGUGCAAACUUAUGUAAUAAGCAAGAAUUUUGAUGCCAUCAAGAAGACUUCAACUUCCUCAACAAAAAAAAAAACUAAGCACCAACUUUUUGAUUUCUUAUUGUUAUGGGAUUAAAAGAACUUUAAUAUUUUUUGUUAGAUAUAUUUUCAAUAUUUUUUUAAUGAUGAUCAAAACGAAUGACAGGAGUUGUAAAGUGAUUAAACCGUGCAGUUAAAGACAUAAAAAUUAAAAAUUAUUUUUGCACAAAAUGAAAUCUUUUCAGUAGUUUGUAAAUAAAAAUAAUAAAAUAUUCCUUGAAUUAAACAAACAAUAAACUUACAUGUAACAAGAACUUUUUUAUAAUCAACAGAACAUAGGUACAACUGUCUACAUUAAUCCUCAA